AUGUCAAAAGUAACGAGCGGUGAAGAAAAGAUGUGGUGCGGUCACUGCGGUGUUAAAACUCCCACUCGCCGUGAAGGAAAAGCCGGUUCGGUCAAGUCUUGCAAUUGGUGUGGGAAAGUGUUGGCGGAUGAGACCGGGACUGCUGAAGAAUAUAAUCAACUCUUCCUUCAACUUCAAGCGAUACAAAACGACGCAGACUCCGGUUUGGGCAAGACAACUCGACGUAAAACAAAGACAAUCCGGACUUGA